AUGGGAAAUAAGCCGGCAAAGGAGGACAAGGGAGAGAUCCUGGUGCGGGUCAUGCCCCCUCUGGACAGAGCAUUUGUGAAGUGGCUGGCCCAAGAUCUUGAGAGGAUCCACGGCUUCAAGGUCAAAAAUCAGCCGCCAAUCAGGCCCCCGGACCAUUACAUCGAGUACAUGCGACUGCAGGGCUGGCUUGAUGUGGACCUGGACGACCCAGACAUUGCCCGCCUGGCGAAAUCUCCGCGAGCGUAG